UUUUCUGACAUUCCAGCUCAUUUCCCCAUUUCAUUUUUGUAAGAAAGUGACACUUUCCCCAAACACAAAAAAGAAACACUAUAUAUAUACACACACACCGUGGUAAUAGAUCUAGAUUUCCUCAACAGCUGUGGUUGAAACAAAAAGAAAAAAGUGGAAUUUCGAGUGUAGAAAUCCACCAAAAUGGAGUGGGUUUCGAAGGUAGCGAUUUCCGGCGCGGAGGAGCAAUUGAUGCUAGUCUUGGGGCAGGUGAAGGCGUCCAAGGUAUUGGUGCCGUUGCUCGACAUCUCCAUGGCCGUCUGCUUGAUAAUGUCGGUCAUGCUAUUCGUCGAACGCGUCUACAUGGCCAUCGUUAUUGCCAUUGUUAAAAUCUCGGGCCGGAAACCGGGCACCAGGUACAAAUUUGAGCCACUCCAAGAGGAUUUGGAGCAGGGGAACCUCGCCUUUCCCAUGAUUCUUGUCCAAAUCCCUAUGUUCAACGAAAGAGAGGUUUACCAGCUCUCCAUCGGAGCUGCAUGCUGUCUAUCCUGGCCUUCCGACCGCCUCAUUGUUCAAGUUCUCGACGAUUCUACCGACCCUGCCAUCAAGACUAUGGUGGAGACAGAGUGCCAGAGAUGGGCGAGUAAAGGGGUAAAUAUUAAAUAUGAAAUUCGGGACAAUAGAAAUGGAUACAAAGCCGGAGCUCUUAAGGAAGGGCUGAAGCGAUCCUACGUCAAAGAAUGCGACCACGUGGCCAUAUUCGACGCGGAUUUCCAACCCGAGCCGGAUUUCCUGCACCGGACCAUUCCGUUCCUUGUUCACAACCCCCAAAUUGGCCUCGUGCAGGCCCGCUGGAAGUUCGUGAAUGCGAACGAAUGCUUGAUGACGAGAAUACAAGAAAUGUCGCUCAACUAUCAUUUCACAGUGGAGCAAGAAGUUGGCUCAUCUACUUAUGCUUUUUUUGGAUUCAAUGGAACUGCUGGGGUGUGGAGAAUGGCAGCAAUUGAGGAGGCUGGUGGUUGGAAAGAUCGUACCACAGUUGAGGAUAUGGACUUGGCCAUUCGUGCUAGUCUUAAAGGAUGGAAAUUCGUCUACAUUGGCACUCUUCAGGUGAAAAAUGAGUUGCCUAGCACGUUCAAGGCCUAUAGAUACCAACAACAUCGUUGGUCUUGUGGGCCCGCCAAUUUAUUCCGAAAGAUGCUCUUGGAGAUUAUAAGAAAUGAGAAAGUUACAUUAUGGACAAAGGUUCACGUAAUAUACAGUUUCUUCUUGGUGAGAAAGAUUAUAGCCCAUAUAGUGACCUUCGUGUUUUAUUGCGUUGUACUUCCUGCUGCGGUUCUUGUACCUGACUAUUACAUCCCAAAAUGGGGUGCAGUCUACAUUCCUACUAUCAUCACCAUCCUCAAUGCAAUCAGCACUCCCAGGUCAAUUCAUUUGGUUGUUUUCUGGAUCGUAUUCGAAAAUGUGAUGGCACUACACCGCACGAAAGGCACAUUCAUCGGGUUAAUGGAGGUGGGUAGAGUGAACGAGUGGAUUGUCACUGAAAAACUUGGUGACGCUCUCAAGAUCAAACCCGUUGACGAUGCGGUGAAGGCCAAACCUGCCGCUACAACCCAACAACAAAGACGAUUCAAGUUCAUUGAUAGAUUAAAUCUCUUAGAGCUUGGAUUCGGUUGCUACCUACUAUUUUGUGGGUGUUACGAUCUAAUAUAUGGGAAAUACCACUUCUUCAUCUACCUCUUACUUCAAGCAAUCGCAUUCUUCGUCAUGGGAUUCGGCUACGUGGGCACAUUUGUCCCAUCCUCCUCAAAUUAAUUACAUUUCUAUUUUUUUGUCUUACGUAUAUUAGUAUAUUAAGUAAUUCUUUUAAAUUCAAGCAUAAGAGUUAUAGCUCACAAUUGCUAUUCAUUUUGUCACGUGUAUUGUAUUAUUGUAAUAAACGCCCGCUAGUAUAUGAUAGUGAGAUAGUGGGGCUCAAUUUUAUUUUAUAAAUUGUGCAUAUGUAACAUUGAUGAUCUCAUUAUUCUUAAAUAAGAAUAUGGAUUAUGAUUUACUAUAUGAGACUGAGAUAGUGGGGACCACCUUUGAUAA